UUAUAAUUUCCUCUCCUUUUAUUUAUUUAUUGCUCGUUAUUUAACUAUAAAUGGUGGUGCGGCGCCUUUCCCUUGAUCCCUGACGCUACGCAAGAACUAGCUCGGAGGCUUUGCUCCUGCAACCAAAAGCUUUCAUUUCUCUCUCUCAUCUCAUUAAACCCUAACAAAUUAUAUAUUUAUAUUAUCAACAAAAUGUUCGAGACGGUGAAGUACCUUAUCGGAUCCACCGGCGCUAGCGGGUUCGGAUCCAAAUCCACAACUAUACUUCUCUCGCUGGAGGUUUUUGUUGGUGCAGGUGCUACCUCAGGGAUAGGAGCGGAGACGGCACGUGUGCUGGCGAUGAGAGGGGCGAGGUUGGUUCUGCCGGCGAGAAGCGUGAAAGCGGCGGAGGAGAUGAAAGCUGGGAUCCGAUCCGAGUUUCCUGGAUCCGAUAUCAUCGUUCUUCAUCUUGAUCUUAGCUCUCUGGCAUCUGUUCGAAGAUUUGUCGACCGGUUUCUCUCUCUUGAUCUCCCCCUUAGUCUCCUCAUAAAUAACGCGGGAAAGUUCUCGCACGAGCACGCUAUAUCUGAGGACGGAAUCGAGAUGAACUUUGCAACUAACUACUUAGGUCAUUUUUUGCUUACUAAGCUUUUACUGGAGAAAAUGAUCAAGACGGCCGCGAUCACCGGUAUCCAAGGACGCAUCGUCAAUGUCUCAUCGGGAAUCCAUGGCUGGUUCUCCGGCGACUGGAUUUCCUACCUCGAUCUCAUCACCCGCAACAAAAUGCCGUACGAUGCGACGCAGGCGUACGCGCUCUCCAAGCUUGCUAACGUGCUCCAUACCAAAGAACUAGCCAACAGAUUGAAGCAAAAGGGAGCGAACGUAACGGUUAACUGCGUCCAUCCUGGUAUCGUGCGCACCCGCCUCACCCGAGACCGCGAAGGAUUUGUUACAGAUCUGGUCUUCUUUCUGCUGUCCAAGCUGCUGAAAACAAUCCCUCAGGCAGCAGCAACGACCUGCUACGUUGCGACGCACAGGAGCGUUGUGGGGACCACCGGCAAAUACUUCGCUGACUGCAACUUGUCCUCGCCGUCGUAUGAUUAUGGCAUACAUGCGUAUUUUUUCAUCAAGACGAUCCUCGAGGGAAGGGAGAUAAUGAACGUUGAAGCCUUGCACAUGGAGUCGCAUAUGCUACGAGUAGGACUUGCUGCUCAACUCAUAUGUGAAGGGCGUGAAUGGAAAAAAACUACGAUUGAAAUUAGACAGUGA